AUGAUCCAGCAACAUUUUUGGAUAAAGAUUGGUGAUGGUAUGCAAGCUUCGAUGUGGUUUGAUAAGUGGGAUGUCAUUUGUCCUUUGAGCUCGCUCAUCACUCCGAGAGCCAUUGCUAAUGCAGGGUUCACGCUAUAUACGAAAGUAGCAGAUGUUUAUCGCCAAGGGGAAUGGGGAUGGCCUGAUCAAUGGCUUGCCCGCUACCUGAUCCUUCACAAUAUACAACAUAUUGAUCUUCAUCCUCGGAGUGAUAAGGUGGUUUGGAGAUCUUCGGGUGGGAAGGAGUUGGAUUACAGUGCUUCGAGUGUUUGGGAAGAUAUUCGGGCCGCUCAGAAUGAAGUUCCAUGGUCGUCUAUGGUUUGGUUUCCUCAAGCUAAUGUGCGCCAUUCGUUUUUCAUGUGGCUAUUGGUUUGGAAUGGUGUAAAGGAUAUAGCUGGAUUAAGCUCGGUCGCUAAUUCUUGGGACAUCAUAUAUAAUCAUCUGGUGCAAUUCGCUAGCUCUAAGAAGGCUGUGCAUGUGAUUGGGAAGCUGGUAGUUAGUGCGGCAGGCUAUUUUGUCUGGCAGGAAAGGAACUCACGGUUGUUUACUUCCAAGAAAAGAUGUGUUGCUCGGCUUACAGAAAUUAUCUUAGCAACCGUCAGGAUGAAACUUCAUACGAUGCGGUUUAAAAGAACAAGUCAGGUGGAGAGGAUUUUACAAGAAUGGAGUCUGCCUCGUGGGCUAGUUGUUGAAGACGAUGAUUGUGGUUAA